UGUAAAUACGUCUGGGCAUGUUCGGAUCCGACACUUUUAUGUAAAAAUACUCCAGGGUCGUAUAUGUGCUACUGUAUAGAUGGCUAUCGUUAUAGCGAAACUGAAAGGGACAAAUGUGUACCAGAACGAUGCCCUGAAGACAUAGUUUCCUGUUCAUCUGCCCCGUCGGACUUGUGCUUAAGUUCUGGCGAAGAAAUAAUCACUUUCCCGUCUACAUUGUUUGGAUAUUCAAAUAUAAGCGACAACUCAUGCCCUUCUGAUACUGAGAAUGAAGGUAAACCAUAUGGAACCAGAUUAUGUUCAAUUGAAGGAAGUUGGGAGACGCCAAUUUGGUUAUCGUCAUGUAACUUGGGAAUUGAGAAUUUGGGUUCCAAACCAAUUGAAACUGAAGAAGACCGAAUACAAACUUCUGACGACCUCGAAGUUUUAACUUCAUCAUCAGAAGAACUGGAUUCCGCUGAUAUUGCUACCACCACUGAAAUAAUUGAUAACGUCACAAACACGGAGAGUAUACCAAGUUCAGUAGCUACGUCUGUCGUUUCGACUAUCAGCAAUAUUAUGGAAUCUCCAAGCUUAGAAGAAAGUCAGCAAACAGAUGAAUUACUCAUGCAGCUUGACGACAUUGCGUCAAAAGUGAUACUAGAUGAAGAAACAGAAGUUUUUACCACAACAAGCAAUAAUGUGUCUAUGCUGGUUUAUGAAGUGAAUACGCAAGCUGUGACAGGAGUCGGAGUUGCAGUCUUGGUUCGACCAGACAGUUCUAAACUGGGGUUUCGUGCAGAUCAAAUAGUCACCAUAUAUGAAUCUUUGACAGCCGGUGGCAUAAUAGACAAUAAUGUCAUCGAAGCUACAAUAUAUGUUCCACACGCUGCCUUUAAAAAUUCGAGAGUUGCUAUUUAUGUUUUUGGAAAUAACAACUUGUUUCCGCGAAAUACGGUGCAAGCCAAGACUGGCCAGGAAAGAAGGACAAGUCAAGAAUCAGCACCACCAAACGCAAUAGUUAAUAGCAUUAUUUUGUCAGCUACUGUUGACGGUGUCAACGUUUCAAAUUUAACCAAAGAUAAUCAACUAACGUUUUCGACUCCGUCAGAUUUCGAGGCAAUAAAAGGAACUCCAUUUUGUGCUUACUGGGAUGAAACCCUAGAAGAUUGGUUUACUGAUGGAUGUACCGUCAACCAUAGUAAAUCGACGGACGUAUCUAUAGCCUGUGAAUGCGAUCAUUUGACCAAUUUUGCAACAUUAUUUGAUAUCACGGGCACGACUGUAACACAAUACGGACUAGAUAUUGUCACUAUCGUAGGGUGCUCUUUAUCAUCAGUUGCUUUGAUUCUCCUAAUACUAACUUUUGUUUUCAUACCUAAAACCAGAACGGGAAGGAAAUUCUUGCCAGCCUAUUUAUUGUUAAGUCUGUCUCUCGCGUUGUUGGGAUUGAACAUAACGUUGCUUGUGAGCGAGAUGUCAUUUGUUUCAUCGCCAGAAAAUGCUUCUUCAUGCACUGCGAUAGCAGUUUUUUUGCAUUUGUUUUUACUGGGAUCGUGCUGUUGGAUGAACUGUGAAGCUGUAAUUCUUUGGAUAAAUAUAGUAAAGCCCAUUUACGCAAGAAGUCGAAUGAAAUACAAAAAAGCCGCUUUGUUUGCGACUUUAUAUGCUUGGAUGUUUCCUAUACUUUUUGUUGGAAUUGUAUUAGCUGUUGAUAAGUCUGUAUAUGAUCGACCAUAUGAGGAAGGGAAAGAAGUAACGUGCUGGAUAAAGACAGAUAUGGUCCUAUACCUGACCGUAAUACCGUUGUCUAUUUUGAUUUCUUUCAACGUGAUUGUCUAUGUCAUUUUGACAUUCAAAAUGAGCAGGAAUCACACAAAAACAUGGGGUCGCAAUUGGAAAAUAUUAAGAAAGUCACAAAAGAAAAAUAUCAUUGUCAAUGUCUGUCUUGCCAUUACCCUAGGGUUAACUUGGGUAUUUGGUUUUUUUGUAUCAGCUCUAAGUUUUAGUGACACCGCCGUUAUCGUAUUUGCCUAUAUUUUCACUAUCUUGAAUUCUCUGCAAGGUACAUUUCUUUUCUGUCUUUACAUUGUGAGGAGUAAAGACAUAAGAAAAACAAUUGCCUCAGAAUUUUAUAGACUUUCACAACCAAUAUUUUCGGACAAAACAAAGCUUUCCACUGAUAGAACAAGGCGAGACGAAGAAUUGCAGGAAAACCCGUAUUCCACGAGCAAUGAUCUCAGUUCAAACCAGGAACAGUCUACACAAACUCACGAGACAAAACCAAGGCUGAGAAGGAUAUUUCAAGGCACGGAAAAUGAAGGAUACUCCGCCUACUGCUGAAACGUUUGGGAAAAGCUUUAAUUGCAAUCGUUCCUCGUUAAAAUCUGCCAUUAAUUGACUUGAGUGGAUAUUUAGGUGUUUCAAUUCUAUAACUUCAAAUAUCCAAAGGUUUCACUGCUACAACACUAAAUUGCAUUUACAAGAUUUUUUGCCACAAUUAAUACAUUACCCCUACCAUAAUAAAUAUAGAAACACCAUUAUUGAUAUGAUUAUAGAUUUCGAACGAUAUGUACAGAAUACGAUCAAAACUCUUAAUGCUUAACUUUCCUCGAAAAGGUAUUAAGCAGUAAAUAUAUAUUCUUUCAAUUAAACAGUGAAUAAAUAUUAAACACGAACAUAAUAUCGUGACUUCACGUCAUCAACAGCUUCUUACUUACUACAAUCAAUAAUAAACAUUUGGGUAAAUCGUACUGAAUAGAACGUAUAUAUAUUAAUUACAUUUCUAUCUGUGGGAUAAUAAUCUGAGAACGAGAAAUUUAAUUUGAAUGAGGGUAAUUUUGGGGUUCUUGAUUAUGAUUUCACUAAAUUUAUUCCGAGAGUGAAGUGAAUUGAAACUUCCAACAAAAUACGAAGGUGUGAAAACAGCUUCAAAAAACUUUUAAUAAAUGGACUUAUUUAUAUUCUAUUUAGUAAUGUUAUUUUAAAUUAUUUUCAUUUGUCCAACA